AUGGUCGAAUCAAUCGCUGCAGGCUAAGUCGGAGACAAUAAGCAUAUUGAGAUGUGGAAAAUUAAGCGUUUAAUUAACAAAUUGGAAAAUUGCAAAGGUAACGGUACCAGUAUGGUCUCCUUGAUCAUCCCACCAAAGGAAGAUAUCAACAAGUCGGGUAAAUUGCUAGUCGGUGAGCUUAGUGCUGCCUAAAAUAUUAAGAGUAGAAUCACUAGGUAAUCUGUCAUCACUGCUAUUACCUCUACCAAAGAAAAACUCAAGUUGUAUAGAUAGACUCCAACCAAUGGAUUGUGCAUUUAUUGUGGUGUUAUUUUGAUGGAAGACGGUAAAACUGAGAAGAAAAUUAACUUUGAUUUUGAACCUUUCCGCCCAAUCAACUAAUUCAUGUAUUUUUGCGGUGGUAAGUUCCAGACUGAACCCUUGACUACCCUUCUCGCUGAUGAUGAUAAAUUCGGAUUCAUUAUUGUUGAUGGUAAUGGAGCCUUAUAUGCUACCCUCUAAGGAAAUAGCAGAGAAAUUUUGCAGAAAAUCACUGUUGAGCUCCCCAAAAAGCACAGAAAGGGAGGUCAAUCAUCAGUCAGAUUCGCUAGACUGAGAGAAGAAAAGAGGCAUAAUUAUCUCAGAAAGGUUGCAGAGUUAGCUGGAUCUAAUUUCAUCACUAAUGAUAAGCCCAAUGUUACUGGUCUAGUAUUGGCUGGUAAUGCUGGAUUCAAGAAUGAACUUAGUGAGACUGACAUGCUCGAUAAGAGACUAUUACCAAUUAUUGUCUCCAUAGUGGAUGUUUCUUAUGGAGGCGAGAAUGGUCUAAAUGAAGCCAUUACACUAUCAGCUGAUGCUCUCACCAAUGUCAAAUUUGUUGCUGAAAAGAAAUUAGUCAGCACAUUCUUCGAGUAGAUUUCUCUAGAUACUGGUAUGAUUGUUUUCGGAGUCUAGGACACUAUGAAGGCACUCGAGCUUGGAGCAGUGGAGACUAUUUUAUUAUUUGAAGAGCUCGAAAUUACCAGAUAUGUUAUUAAGAAUCCAGUUAAGGGAGAUACCAGAACUCUUUUCUUGAAUCCUACAUAACAAAAGGAUUCUAAGUACUUUAAGGAUUAAGCUAGUGGAUUAGAUAUGGACGUUAUUGCAGAGGAUUAAUUGGCUGAGUGGCUUUGUCAUAAUUAUCAAAAUUACGGAGCCUAAGUUGAAUUCAUUACUGACAAAUCACAAGAAGGGUAUCAAUUUGUCAAAGGAUUCGGUGGUAUUGGAGGAUUCCUAAGAUAUAAAGUAGAUAUGGAAGAUGCCCUUGGAGACGUCGGUGAUGGUGGAGAUGACUUCGAUCCAGACACUGAUUUCAUCUGA